AAAAUUAAGCUUGUUUUGGUUUCCUUCCUCAUUCCAGCCUGGCUCAGCCUCUCCAUGAGCUGGUGGAGAUGCUGGGGCUUUCCAGAGGUGUAAACUCCCAGAUGUUGCAACCUGUGGCAUCCCCCUGCGCUGCCCAGGGCCGGAUUCCUGCGGGCCAGGGAACCUCCCGCAUGUUCAGCGUGGGAGGGCUCCCGCGCCUUCACCCUCUGCCUGCGCCUGCCAUGGCUCCUUUCAUUUUCACUUCGCUCCUCACUGGGUUUUCAGGAACUAUGUGGCUCUGCCCUGGGCACCGGGAGCGAGCCCAGGCGCUGCCUGCAGCAGCAGCCUUGGAAGGGAGCCGGAAGCGCUGUCUGUCUGGGCUGGGCACUGCACACAGCGCCCGCAGCGCCCGAAGCCCAGGCAGCUCUCGGCGUCGUGGCCGUGGUCGCUCCGAUGUCUCAGGAACCUCAGCGCCGGAGCAGCCCUGCUGCCCUGCUCAUCCCCAAGCCCAGGGAAGGGCGAGCGCAGCACGCGGUGUACGUCCUCCUGGCCACCUGCACCGCGGCGCUGUGCCUGGCUGGGGAGCCCCUGUCAGAUGCUGCCCACCGCCUCGCCGCCCACCUGGCAGCCCUGCAGAUUGGGGCCCUGCUCAAGGGCUGCUGCUGCCUGGCAGAGGAGAUCUUCCACCUGCAGUCCAGGUGAGCCACCUCGGGGCCAGUGCGGAGAUAAGGCCACAGAGCACUGCGGGGAAAUCUGCUCCUUGUUUCUGUCCCCACGAGUGCCCCCACAGCUGCUCACCAUCAUCCUCGCUGCUCCCGACUUCCUGUCUUCCUCUUCUCCUCCUGCCCUUUCCUGUGCCUCUGUGGACCUAUCAGUGGUCACUCGCUGGUGUCCCUUUUCCCUGGGGCAGAAAUCACAGCCCCAGCCUUCCUCCACCAUCAGCUUCCGGAGCGCAUGAGGAUUUUGGGGAUCAUCUCCCCGUGGUGUCCAGGCCCACACUGCUCCCCUCCAGGCCCACAAGUGCUGCUGGAGACCCAAGGUCCCUCCUGACCAGGGGCUGCAGGGUGCUGUGCUGCUCCAGGAGGCCUGGCGGGGAGGUGGGAGCACCCCUGGCCGGGCACCCCACAAGUGGGUGUCAGCCCACCUCGCGCCUCCCUCUCCCACCCAGAUACCAUGGCAGCUUCUGGAGGGCACUGAACGCCUGCUUCCCACCACGCUGGCACCUGGCCCUGCUGCUCAUCGGUGGCUCAGCCUACCUGGACCUGCAGCAGGGAGACAGGCUCAGCCCCUACCUUGCCCUGACCUGCCUGUGCCAUCUCCUCACCCUUGCCCUCGGGCUCCAGAAGCCCUCGGCGGCGGAGAUCUCUGAGAUGACUGAGAGGUCCAAGCAGAACGUCGCUCAUGGGCUUGCCUGGUCUUACUAUGUUGGGUACCUGAAAAUCAUUCUGCCACGCAUAAAGGAGUCUAUGGAGGAAAUCAGCAGAGCCAACCCCAAUGUGCAGGCAUGCAGGGAGACCUGGAAGCUCCACAUCUUGAUCCCUCUGAACUGUAACAUCUGGGAUGACCUGGAGAAAGUUGACAGCAAUAUCCAGUACCUGACAGACCUCACAGAAACCACCCUGACCCGAGGUGGCAUCAAAAAAAGGGUCUACAAGCACAGCCUCUACGCAAUCAGGGAUGGGGACAACCAGGCCAGGCACUGUGCAGUGGAGUACGCCAUGCCGCUGCAGACGCUCUAUGCCAUGUCUGAGGACGAUUGUGCUGCCUUCAGCCGGGACGACCGCCUGGAGCAGGCCAAGCUUUUCUACAGGACCUUGGAGGAGAUCCUGAGAGGUGCCAAGGAGUGCACAGGAACCUACCGGCUCAUUGCGUACGAGGAGCCGAGUGAAGCCGAGCCCCACUUCUUGUCCAGAGAGAUCCUCUGGCACCUGCGGCAGCAGCAGCAGGAGGAGUUCACGGUGUACGAGGGGAGCCCCCCGCGCACCCUGGCCACAGCCCUGGGCUCAACAGAUCUCAGCCUCCAGAUCAGUGCCUCCGACCUGCCCCAGCCCCUGCGGAGCGACCACCCCUGAGGUCCCCAUCCUGCGAGCCCACCCGUGCAGCAGGAGCCUCCCGUGGCUGUGA